AGCUCGAAUGCAACUAUCGCUGGGAUUUCAUAGUUUCUUUUUUCCACCAUCUCUAGCAAUAACACGCGGCCUGCCUCCGGCUGGGCCUCAUCAUCUGUCAUCUCAGACGUCGAGGGUUCCUCUUUUUCAUCAACUUCUUGGCUCCCCAAGUUUUACUGGCCCUGGUCAGAAACCCUCCGUGCAGGACGAUUGUCGAGUUCUCGGCAUCAGACUGUCAUCUCAUCCCGCCAGUGGGCCCAUUCAGAGUCAUUCUGUUACCUGAUCUUGUCAGCUUUCUGCCAUUGAGCGUCAGCCUCCCCUACAAAGAACCCAGGCCUACGCCGUCGCGGUAACUGUUGCUUGUUGGGCAAAUUUUACACUCGACAAAUAGACCGACACAGAUGAUGCAGCGUGCGAGACUCUGGAGCAAGAAAGAAACCAGAGACGGCCCCAGAGGGCGAAGCGGACCGGGAAGCAGAUUCGUCGAGACUCGGCAGGUGCCACGCAAAGACACUAUCAAUGGCCACGACGAAAUGCCAAUCACUUACAAAGAAAAAGGGGACAACUGUGUCAUUGCUCUUGGCCCGACUCUUGGCUCUCGACGGCUGUGCCUAUCCCGCCGCCUCUGAACCCAGUCUUCCCCGGCCCUCCGCCUCGCGUAGUCCCCUCCCCCACGCUUCUUUGUGGCUACCGUAUCAAAAAGAAGCCUCACUAGACACCAGAGUCAAAUCCAGUUAAGAAUUCUCCGACGGGCGACCCUGGUGGUGAACCCCGGGAACCUCCCGUUUCACGCAACCCAAAAUCUCCAAAUGCCGGUCGGUUUCCACGACACGACCCCUUCGCGCUUGGCGGCGACCCGAUAGAAGAUCGACCGUCGUCUCGUUUUGGAUAUUGUCCAUCAUCAGCCAUGAUACCCAUCAUCAUCAACUCUCUUCUUCGCCAAGCGCAACGAGUGUGAAGCUGGCAGACUCCAGAUGGAGGAAUGGACUAGCCAGCCAGCCAUUCAGCUACUGCUGACCGUCGCAUCUGUCGCCAUUACACCGUCAAUGGUUUCUUAUCUGGUCAGGUCGAGCCGGGCUCUCAGACUCCCAGUCUUACCCUGACCGGCAAAUCAUGCUAGAAAGAACAACAUCGGACCUGAAUAGUGACCGGGGUGAUCGAUGCCAGAGACGACCUGGGUAUCAGUCUGUCAGGCUCCGCAGCCACUUCAGCCGUUGUUGACCAUUCUUGGAUAUUCUUGAACCUUGUUCCCCUCAAGGUCCUCCCGCCUCCCGCUUCCCGCCAGGCGGACGCUAAGGUCACGUCCCCCCAUCACGAACGCACCCAGGCUCAUCCUCAGCUCUCUCCCACCCUUGGCAACGUCUUCUAUUCCUGAGUCGGCUCGGCGGCACACGUUCCACUCACUGUCCCAUGUCGACGUUUAAUCUUGCCUCACCCGUUCUUACACGGGCAGCAUUGGGCGGGCCAUUACACACGAAGCAUAUUAAAGCGAGUCGAGCCCAGACUUCAACAACGCAAUCUCUGCUCGCCACCAAAGCGUCUGUUUUCGUUCUAUCCUUUCAUCGUCCGUUACUUCCUUCCGUUUUUUCUCCAUUCUCUUCUUGUCCGCUCCUUUUAACUCGCACUUUAAAUACGACAGCGGGGACUUGAUCAGGACUUUCGUCUGUUCUCUUACUGAAGCUGCGGGACAGCUUCUUAUGUCCCCUUGUUUUAGUCGCCUUCAUUUCGUAAAUGAGCAGUUAUCAGUAGGCGGCCCCGGAUAUUUUGGCUGCCUUUAACCUUCUCAAAAUUCUUUCUCUUAUAUGUCAGGGUUGCCAACCAAGCAGCAGCCAUUUUCACCCCUUCUUUCCCCCCAACAUCAAUUACCGUUUUUUAAUCAAGAUGGCCGAAGUUAAGGAGCCCAAGCCGCAAUGCGGUGGUGGAAACAAAGCCGGCGACGAGUACGAUGUCGGGCUGCACGUCGCAGGCCUCUGUGCCGGAUUUCCAGUGAUGGCCAAGAAAGUUAAGUGGUUGAAGGUCCCUCCCAAGGUCUUCUUCGCAUGCAAGCAUUUCGGUACCGGUGUGCUUAUUGCAACGGCGUUUGUUCAUCUUCUGCCAACCGCCUUUGGCAAUCUCAUGAACCCUUGCCUUCCGGACCUCUUCACUGACGAUUACCCGCCGCUCCCCGGAGCUAUCAUGAUGGCGUCCAUGUUCAUGCUGUUUACCAUCGAGAUGUGGAUCAACGCCAAGAUUGGAGGUCACUCCCACGGCGGUCCCACCGGAGAUGUGAUGCACUCGCAUGCUCAUGGCCCGGCGCCAGGCGCCCCUCCCCGCCCCCCACGAUCCGGUCGCGACAGCUUCGACGCUGAGGCCGACAGCAUCGAUUUCGAGAAGAGAGUUGCACAGCGCGCAUACGACGACGAGAAAUCUCGCUUCCCCGCCUAUGGGCCGCAACCCGCAAACACCCUGUCCGACUCCGAUAUGCCUCCUUGGUUUGUCGUCUUCUACGAGCAAUACGUGCGCCAGCGCAUGGAGAUGAUGAACAUGAUCCGCACUACCCAGGAGAAGCAAACUUCGUCGCAGGUCGCAGUGACGGAGGUAAAGCAGGAAGAUCCGUUUUAUGAUGCAGAAGGUCAACAGGUUGACCCGGCUGUGUACCGCAAGAUGUCUCUCAACAUUACCAUGCUUGAAGGUGGUAUCUUAUUCCACUCGGUGUUUGUUGGCAUGACCAUUUCCAUCACCAUUGACGGUUUCAUCAUCCUUCUCGUCGCUAUCCUGUUCCAUCAAAUGUUCGAGGGUCUGGGUUUGGGUUCCCGUAUUGCCGCCGUGCCGUACCCCAAGGGCAGCAUCCGCCCAUGGGUGUUGGUUGUAGCUUUCGGUACUACAGCCCCCAUUGGACAAGCCAUCGGACUGCUCACCAGAAGCUCCUACGAUCCCGAGAGUGCCUUCGGCCUCAUCAUCGUCGGUGUAUUCAACGCAAUUUCCUCUGGCCUGCUUCUUUACGCCGCCCUGGUCGACCUUUUGGCUGAAGAUUUCCUUUCCGAAGAGGCCAACCGCCUUCUCAGCAGCAAAGACAAGAUCACUGCAUUCUGCUACGUUCUUGCCGGAGCCGCUGGCAUGUCGGUUGUCGGUAUCUUCGCCUAAACCCAUUGCAACACUACUAGGGAACUCUAUCCCCUCGCCGUGUCUCUCGCGAGCGGGAUCAAAACAGCACUGAUCCAGCCGAGUCGCUAGAUUUUCGACCUUGUCAGGACCACACAAGGACGUACAAACGUGUAACCACUUCCGUGUUCGACUGGACUUUGAUAGCAGAGGAUUAACGCUAGUUCACCAAUGCUGCGCCAGAUUUUGUCUCGCAGAUUCAAGAGGGGACGGACUGUUUUGGAUACCGACAGUAACCCUGACAAAAUCUACCACAUUCGUUAUUUCUUUGCCACCGUCAUUUUCAGCGCAGCCAACUGCCGGAAAAUUGUACACUAGCAGUGAUGUUGCAGUUCGUGGUCUUGUCCACACCCUAAACGCACACCAGCACAACAGGCGAUAUCAUUAAGGAGGAUCACCGGAUCGGCUUACAAAGGCAUUUCUAUAGUAUAUUCUAAUAUUCAAGGGCAUCCACCUUUUAUGAGCGUCACGAUGUAAAGACACGGACAUGGACAUCUUGUAAGAUAGCAACCCCUGAAACAGAAAGAGCAAACCAUCACUAGAUUAGCC